AUGGAGCUGCUUUCAUCAUUAAAACCAUUGUUCAUAACUGCUAUUGUGAUUGUACUAACUCCCAUAGGACAAGAACUCAUACCUUCUGUAGUAAAAAAUUAUCUCGUCUCCAUCUGUGGAAAAUAUUUCUUUACGCCUCAACUCUCUCUCUUAAUUGAAGAGAAAUGUGGUAUCAGUAGCAAUCAAAUCUAUGAAGCUGCCGCAACCUACCUACGUUCCAAGAUUGCUGAUUCAUCAAACUUAAACCAUCUCAGAGUAAGCAAAACCAGUAGGCAACAGGGACUAACCGCUGAUAUUGUUAUACAAGAAGCACGAAGGGUGGUAAAGCUUUAUAUCUGUGAUAUUGAUGGUGUUCAAACUGGUCGUGAAUGGUAUUCUAUUAUUAUUGAACAUCCAGCUACAUUUGAGAAGUUGGCAAUGGACCCAGAGCCGAAGAGGAGGCUCAUAGAUGAUCUUGACAGGUUUGUUAAAAGAAAGGAGUGGUAUAAGAAAGUUGGCAGAGCAUGGAAGCGAGAGUAUAAUUUGGACAUUUCAAGAAUAAAGUCAGAUUCAGACUCGAAAAGAAUAUUGCUUUCAAUAUCUAAUCGUUCAAUGAUGGUUAUUGAGGAUAUAGACUGUGCACUGUUGGAAAAAAGAGGCGAAGAAAAGAAGGAUAAUUACGCUGCGUUCACACUAUCGCGUUUAUUGAACGUCAUAGAUGGAUUAUCGUCGAACAAUGGAGAUGGGCGAAUUAUAGUAUUCACCACCAAUCAUAAGGACCAACUUGACCAGCUAGAACAUGUCAUAUUGCACCAUAAAGCAGAGGUUACCCCAGCUGCAAUUGCUGAGGAACUUCCAAGGACUGAAGAUACCGAUGUUGCUCUUAAAGGAGUUGUCGAACUUCUUGAGGAAAAAACAAACGAACUUGAGAAUGCAAUAAGCAUAUGA